UCUUCCGUCGCAAAAUGAUUACGUCAUGUUUGACAGCGUCACAACAAUUGUGUAAUUGUCCAAACUAGGGAAGGUAACAGAUGUCUCGCUUACUGUCAUCUGUUUCCAGCUGCAAAUAUUUAUUUUCAAAGAGUCUUAUCUCGGAAUCGCCAUUGUUAGGAUGGUUCCGGUUCACCAGUGGUGCAGUAAAAGAUCAAGCACCUCUGAAAAAAGCUACAACUCCCCAGGGACGGUUUGACGUGGACGAGGAGAAAACCAAGGGCGUUCUGGAGAGGUUUCCUGAGGAUGUGAAUCCUGUGACAAAGGAAAAGGGGGGUCCCCGAGGUCCAGAGCCCACCCGCUAUGGAGACUGGGAGAGGAAGGGUCGCUGUGUGGACUUCUAAUUCACUGCCUAAGUUGUACAGUCUUGCACCUGAAAAAUAUCCAUUUGAAUGUUGUUCAUUUGGUAUGUCUGCAAUGUUGUUAAGAUCAGACAGUGAGGAAAAUACGUUUGUGAGUGGUCUAACAAAUCCAACCAAGGACACAAAGGAAGUCUGCCUUAAGUCUUAAGUCUAAGUGGUUUGGGUGGCACUGAGAAGCAGUUAAAAACGGAGAUACUCUUCGAAUUUUUAAACACAAUCCUUACCCACUUUUCCAAAGCCAAUUCCAUUAAAGUUAUCCAUCCAUCCAUCAUCUGAUCGCUUAUCCUUACGUGGGCUGCGGGCGUGCUGGAGCCGAUCCCGGCUGUCUUCGGGCAGUAGGUGGGGUACACUUUGAACUGGUUGCCACCCAACAAGCCACCUAACAAGGGUCACGGUGGGUGCUGCAGCCUAUCCCAGCUGUCUUCUGGCAGUAAACGGGGGGCACCCUGAACCCUGAACCGGUUGCCAGGCAAUCGAUGGGCACACACAGACCAACAACCAUCUGCGCUCACACUCACACAUAGGGACCAUUUAGCAUAGGUGUCAAACUGAGGUCCGGGAGGGCCACUGUCCUGCAUGUUUUCCAAGUCUCCCUUUUGCAACACACCUGACUCAAAUGAUCAGAUCAUCAGCAACCUCUGCGCAAGCCUGACAUUGAACUUGUUCAUUUGAAUCAGGUGUGUUGCAACGGGGAGACUUGGAAAACAUGCAGGACAGCGAUCCUCCAGGACCUGAGUUUGACACCUAUGAUUUAGAGCAGGGGUGUCAAAGUCAAAGGGACCGAGGUCCAGAUAAAAAAAUUUGCUGCAAGCCGAGGGCCGGACUGAUCGAAUGUUCAUUCAAAAAUGACCACAUAUGGUUUAUUGAACCAAAGUUAAUUGACUGAAAACCUAACAAAUACAUUACAAUAUGAUCAGAUAAAUAAAGCAACAUGUUCUUAUGGCUCUAUCAGUAAACUUUAAUUUUCAACAGGCCCAAAAAACAAAUUUCCUUUGUAUAAAAAUACCCAUAAAAUGAAUGAAAGAAGCCGGUAUUAUUGAAGGCACCGUCAAUAAAUAGCCCAUAUUGUCUCUUUUAGCAAAAGUAGGCUAAAAUUACUUAGAAGUAAAACAAAUAAUAGCAAUUUUCGAUCAUUUACUCAAAUAGAAUAUUUUUAAAACAUAAUUGGAUUUAAAUACAAUAAAAUAAAGUGGAAAUUUUUAUUAACCAAAAACAACACUUCAAGGAGAAGUAACAUACAGUGAAAACCGAUACAGUAUUAUACUCGGAGAUGAAAGUGGACUUUUCUGAAAAUUCCGCAUGAAUUAGUUUACACAAAACUUUAUUCAAGUACUCGACAUUCAAUGAUUAAUCUUCCUUUUGUGUGCACACGUGUACCCUUUGUGGCUUACGUUCUCGCCGAAAUUUCGAAAUCUCCGAGAUAUGGCGAGGCCACGAUAAUGCGAGGCGAGGGUUUUAAUCCUUGUGGCGACGCCACUCAAGCUAAGCGAGCCUCAGUAGUACAUAGUUCGCUGCGCUCUAUUUUUUUUAAUCUUUAUUGAACAAGUCAGAAUACAAUUCUCAGCAAAGAGAAAAACAAAACGAACGUUCAACCAAUACAUACAUAUUACAAACGUUUAAACAAAAAAGAAGAAAAAAAAGCCAGGGGAUUUUUGACAAAAAUUUCAAAUAAGGAGCAUGUAGCCAGACUCUUAACAGCUUUUUUGUUUUUGGAAUCCAUAAUAGAGCUCAGGUACUGCUUUGUUUCUGCUUCAAAUCUUUAGAAAAUAGGUUUUGAAUAAUUCCAUCUGGAUUUGUGGAUAUGGAAUUUAGCGAGAAUGAUUAUUAAAUUUAUAAUGA